GUAGUAAAGCCCCAAUUAAGCAGUUACAGUCAUCCAAUUGACCACCUCCGAUCAAUAAUCACGCUUCUCCAAUCCCUCUAGGAGAAUUAGCUGUCACCUGUGAAAAGGGACCACGAUCAUCAUUGCACACAACCCCUCCCUCCAGCCCUAAAUUCUUACUCAAAUCUCACUCACAUCUCUAAUCGACGCCCCCUCCAGCCCUUAUUGAACCCGACCACUUACACCCUUACACGCACACAGCCGCCGCAUACGCCCGCCUGGCACCCAUCACCCACACCGCAUCGUCGCAGUCGCAGGGGUACAACAGGUCAGUCAACAUGACACCCAACGCCACCCGCAGCACCCUGCUGCGAAACAGAACGCAAAACUUCUGCACUGCACUACUGUCGCCACCUCCACCAUCACAGCUGCUGGAUGCCUAUUUCUCUGCUACUACUCCGCCGCAUAUCACAGAACACGGGCCUACAUGGGCUUCGUCACGGCUUCCGUUUCUAGGGAAGACGUUUGAGGGGAAAGACGGCUGUAUCAAUUACUUCACUGUUCUAGCACAGACGUUGGACAUGCAUAUGCAUGCGGAUACAUUUCCUCCUGCGGAUGGGUUUAUCGUGGAUGCGGAGGCGGGUGGAGGGACGGGCUUGGUGAGUGUAGUCGGGAGUGCAGAGUUCAGUAGUGUGAAGACUGGGAAGCGGUGGCAUGAGCAGUUCAUAUAUCGGUUUUCUGAUUUCGAUGCUGAAGGGAGGUUUGGGCAUUGGGAGAUUUGGGCGGAUCCGUUGAGUGCGUGGGAGGCAGUUGGAGAGUGACCUGAUCUGUUUGUGUUCAAUUCUAUGGGCUUGUUUGAUUGGUGUGUUUGGUAUCUUCUUUUUAUUGAUUCUGUUAAAUGGGGAGCGUAGCUAGCUGGCUUUAUGUCUCUCUACGUGCGAGCUCUGUGAAAUAGCAGAGUGUAAUGAUUCCGUGCCCAUGAAAAUAAUAGCCUUCAACC